GUGACGUCAUCGCUGUGCGCCGCCGUCGGCGGGAUGGGUGCGGACGAGGAGCUGAGCCUGCUGGUCAUCGUCAUCGACACCAACCCCAUCUGGUGGGGGAAGCGGGCGCAGGGGGAGGCUGAGUUCACCCUGUCGAAAUGUAUCGACGCAGCAAUGGUGCUGGGAAAUUCACACCUGUUCAUGAGUCGCACCAACAAACUUGCUGUGAUAGCGAGUCACACACAGGAAAGCCGUUUCUUGUACCCUGGGAAGCGUUGGGCUUCUGCAGAUCUCCUUGGAGAUGGUGGUAAUUCUGUGGAAUCAAAUUGUUCUGGCAGCAAGGAUGGAAAAUAUGAAUUGUUAACAGCGAUAAAUGAUGCAAUUGCAGAAGAGAUUAAAGACCUCAUGACAAAAACUGACAUGAUGGGGCAGCAAACAGAGACUCUACUAGCAGGGUCUCUUGCUAAAGCACUUUGUUACAUUAACAAGAUGAACAAAGAAGUGAAAGCCAAUCAGGAAAUGAAGUCAAGGAUUUUGGUCAUAAAAGCUGCAGAAGACAGUGCAUUACAAUAUAUGAAUUUCAUGAAUGUGAUCUUUGCAGCACAGAAACAGAGUAUUUUGAUUGAUGCUUGUGUCUUGGACUCUGAUUCAGGCCUUCUACAACAGGCUUGUGACAUUACAGGAGGUAUAUACUUGAAAGUGCCCCACCUGCCAUCCCUCCUGCAGUAUUUGUUGUGGGUAUUUCUCCCUGAUCAAGAGCAAAGAUCACAGCUUGUGCUUCCACCUCCUGUUCAUGUUGACUACAGAGCUGCAUGUUUCUGUCAUCGAAAUCUCAUUGAAAUUGGUUAUGUAUGCUCUGUGUGCUUGUCAAUAUUCUGCAACUUCAGUCCUAUUUGCAGUACAUGCGAGACUGCUUUCAAAAUAUCACUGCCACCUGUCAUGAAAGCUAAGAAGAAGAAAUUAAAGUUAGCUGUUUAACAAUGCAACUUAAACACACCAUUACCUCCUCCUGUAAUUCCAUGAAGUGGAACAUACUUGAGAAAUUGAUGACACUUUUUACAGGAUAUGAAAGAGAUCUGUAUGUGGUCUUACGGCUUUUUUUGUUAAAGCAUUUAAGUCAUGUUUUCUCUGUAGUAACAAAUCACUGUAUUAGCUUGUAAUCUGUGCUGGUUUAAAUACUGAUUAUGCAUUGUAAUUAGAACCAGAAGUUACAGGUUGUUAAGAUACAGAUCUUGCAAAGCUACAAGUAUUCUUGCUGCUGCAGUUUCAAACCUCCAAGUUAUUUUCAAAGACAAGAAAGCUUUGAUUGUUUUUAAUCACACGUUGGUGUAGAGGGAAGUUACAACCACUGCUGAUGUCUGAAUCUCAGCACUGCUAUUCAAGGAAUUCAGUGUUCUGUGAGCUUUCAGUGGCUGUAUGGGCACUGAAAUGGGGUCAGCUUCUGAAGAAGAAAGCCAAAUGUUUCAAGAUGGCUUAGAACACACCUUCCUGUUCAGGGUGUGAAUUCUCUGGCACAUACAGAUUCAUGUUGUCAUAUUCUUUUAUUCCCUUUGUGCUUCUCUUGAAUAGCUGCUCCUCAGCAGAUGAGUAUCACUGGAACAGUAAUAUGGAGGUACCCUUUCUAGGGGAGUUUUGAACAGAAGACCACAUUUAUGUGUAAGAAGGGGCUUAUUUUUGUAAAAUGACAUCACUAAAUGUACAUUAGGUGGUUAGACUUCAGUGCAGUGCUUUGAAACUGGAAAGGUUUUGGAUCAGUGUGUUUCGUAUUGGAGUAUGGGGAUGUAUGGUGAGCUUCCAUGUGCUGCUUUGGUUAAAAAGGCACAAAUUGAUCUCCUGUGUGCCACGUCCAGCUGUGCGUCUGCCUUCGGUCAGUGCUGUUCUCAUCAGAGCCCAUCCUCGUCGCCAGGAGCCAUUUUGUUAGAAGGCUGUAUCUAGAAUUCACUUUCUACAAAACCUUUUGAAAUAAAGGCAGCUCUUUUUACAAA